CACGAGUAAGUCUCAUCGCGCCACCACAUCCGCAUCCAUCUGCAUGCUGAGUCGAGCCUCGUAAAGAACCCGUGUCGCACGUGGGCAUAUGCACACUUACUUCAACGCCGGCCUGUCUCGAAGCCGGGCAGAUGUUGCUACCGUACCGCUGACCUUUUCGCAGCCUGCUUCAAUUACAGUAAGAUCGUAACAGUCCGGAGUGUCACCCGCGAUCAUGGACGCAGAUACAUCCAAGACAGCUGAACAUGCGCAUAUCGAGCACCUUGUGAAGACAAAGCUUCCAGGCAGUCCAAUCUACGCAUUCCUGUUGUCUGAUGUUGUCAUAACGAGCGCUUCCAAAGGGCAUGUGGUAGCUCGGCUACCUCUCUCGCACAAUCACAUGAACUCGAUGCAGUCGCUCCAUGGGUCAGUUUCUGCUACCAUUGUAGACUGGAUGGGCGGGAUGGCGAUUGCUACGCACGAUCUCCGUGCUGGAAGUGGCGUCAGCGUUGACAUACAUGUCUCAUACCAGAGCGGCGCAAAAGUCGGCGAGGAGAUCGAGAUUGAGGGCAUAGCAGAGAAAGUCGGUGGCAGCCUGGCUUUCACGAAAAUCAACGUUUUCAAAGUUGAAGGCGGCAAGCGAGGAAGGAUCGUGAUUACAGGCACGCACACGAAGUUCGUGAAGGGCUCAGAACCACAGAAAGCUUCAUGAGCAUAUGGCAGGGCAACUACCUGGACUCUUUGCGUCUGACAUGUGGACAUAUACUUUGAAUGUCGGGACUCACUCUAACCAGGAAAAUCAAGACAUAUUCGUCUGCUUCUGAGAGGUCACGGCGAGCUUUGCAAUGAGUCGGUGAUCAUAGAAGAUAGACCACAUACGCAGACGUAUCGAUACUUCGAUAAACUGAGCUUUCAUAUCCACGCGCGGUUGACAUAACGAC